AUGUCUGAUACCGACGCCCACAUCAGCACUCUCCUCACCUCCGUCUCCUCUGCCCUUGCAGAACGCGCAGAAAAGCAUGUUUUUGCUAUUGGUGGAAAGGUCGACGGCUCUGCCAGUUCAGAUCAGGACGCCGAUGUCUCCGUGGUUGUCCGGUGGGACUCGGGCGAGCUGGGUCAGGGUUGGAAUGUUCGGCUCCCUGUCGGUGAUGAUGCUGUCUCAAAGAGUACCUUUGCGCAGCUUUUGGCAGAUUGUCAGCCAGCCGCGUUUGGAGUUGGCAGUGAAGGUGUCCUAAACGAGACGUACCGCAGCGCGAGCGCACUGGAUGCCAGCAAGUUCAGUACCGAUUUUCAUCCGUAUGAAAAUGGUAUACUGGAUACAAUUAUUCAGGGUCUUGCUCACGGUGCUCACCCAUCCGAUCGCCACAACCGCGGCAUCAGAGCCGAGUUGCACAAACUCAACAUCUAUUCCGGACCGUCAGGAAGGUUGGAGUCCCAUAUCAGCACACCACGUUCCACUGAGCAAAUGGGCUCACUCGUGGUUUGUCUUCCCCAAGCACACCAAGGUGGCCAACUGGCAGUACGACACUCUGGACGAGAAGUUGUCUUCGAUUGGGCAGACGCAAAAAAGCCAUCGAUCCAGUGGGCUGCCUUCUUCUCCGACUGCGAGCAUGAAAUCCUCGAAGUAACGGAAGGUCACCAACUGAUACUGACAUACAACCUAUUCUGGAUAUCCUAUGGGCCGGCUUUGAUGUCAAAUCAUCUUGGUGUAUUAGAGCAGGAAUCCUUUCACUUCUUUGCCAGCCUCAAAUCACUUCUCGAUUGCCCUACCUUUCUCCCUGAAGGUGGUGUAGUUGGGUUCACGUGCACCCAUGCGUAUCCGCAUAUAUCCAGAUCCUCCAUUCCAAAACUUCAUCACACACUUAAAGGUCUCGACAUGAUGGUGUACCAAUCCCUUCUCUGCCUCACUGGCAACGCCCGGGUAGCCGCCGUUCUGGAUGACGAGCAAUACCAAGCAAAUAUGCGAGAGUGCAGGGAACUAUCCCCAGACCGUGUAAGCCAAGAGACCGAAUCUGAAGACGCCGCGAAAUUCCACGAGCGCGAUGCACUGCUCACGGCACAUCCGUGUCCAACGAUUCUUUGGGAUGUACCAUUUGGUGACCAAGGCGUUGAUCCCGCUGAAAUCACCCAUGGGUGCAGGUGGGAUGAUGACACGGCGUUUCCAAGAUACCGAGUCACCUGGCUCAAUCAUGCCCCAAACUCACAAACGUACAUAGAGCUUGCUGUGGCAUAUAAUACGGUAAGUGGAGUUUCCCACUUUUGA